UCUCUUUGUUUUGUGACUUCUGUCAAUAGCUUCUCGAUCUUUCAUAUCUUCUUCGUCCCGGCAAAAAUGGCUGCAUUUGCACCAAAAACCAUCGUAUUCUGCACAUUUUUCCUUCUUUUAACCACGCUUUCACAAUCAAGAGCAGCACUCGAUGUUCACUAUUAUGAUAAAACAUGUCCACAAGUCGAGAAAAUCAUAUUUCAGACGGUAUACAAUGCUUCCAUGCAUGACCCUAAAGUCCCAGCUCGUAUCUUAAGGAUGUUCUUCCACGAUUGCUUUAUAAGGGGUUGUGAUGCGUCCUUGCUGCUCGACUCAACACCAGGGAACCAAGCAGAGAAAGAUGGCCCUCCCAAUAUUUCAGUCCGAUCAUUCUACGUGAUCGAGGAGGCCAAAGCUAAGCUAGAAGCCGCAUGUCCACACACAGUUUCAUGCGCCGAUAUAAUAGGCAUUGCUGCAAGAGAUGUAGUAACCAUGUCUCGAGGCCCAUAUUGGAAUGUGCUUAAAGGAAGAAAAGAUGGAAGGGUGUCGAGGGCUAACGAGACCAUCAACCUACCGGCUCCAACCUUCAAUGUAAGCCAACUGAUUCAAAGCUUUGCCAAGAGAGGUUUAGGAGUCACAGAAUUGGUAGCUCUAUCCGGUGGCCAUACUCUAGGGUUUUCGCAUUGUUCUUCCUUCCAAGCCCGUCUUCGCAAUUUUAGUUCGGUCCACGAUGUCGACCCGACUAUGGACAGUGAGUUUGCUCUAAAGCUAAGAAAGCAAUGCCCUAAACCAAACAGAGAUCACAGUGCUGGGGAGUUGUUGGACUCGACAUCCUUGUUGUAA